AGUAUUCGUUAAACAGCUUGACCUCAGAUGCAUGAGAAAGACAUGCUUUAUUAUUUUUCCCCAACAGUUGCUGGUCUUCUUAACUUCAGAAGUGUGAAUUAAACUUUUCGUUAGUUAUGGAUCCGAACCUGCAGCUCUGGAAAAGCCACGGCCAGUCUUUCCUCAGUAGAUUAAAGACCUGGUUUAAUCUCCUGGAUCCCAGCCUGCUGCUCUCCUCUGAUGCUGAAAUACUUAAAGCCCAUGCUCUUCUUGGAAGCAGAGAGAAGCUAAAUAAAAAGGAUGAGGCUGCAGUGAGUCUCUCACUUUCUUCUCUACAUGCUGACUCUGGUGCUGUCCUCCCACUUAUUUUCCGUCCUCCUGCAUUUUUUCCAAUUUCAGCACCUUUGGUGGUUGCGAGUCUUUUGUUUCAUAGCGGAGUCAAACCGGCUCUGUUUUGGCAGUUUUUGCUCCAGGGUUACAAUGCCGGGUUUAACUACAUGAACAGGAACACUUCAGCAGAGCAGGGGAAGAAGGCGUCUUUAAAGCAUCUUCUGCUCAUCGCAGGAACAGUUUCCUACACAACGUUUGCAGGGGCCCUUCCUCAGAUUAUCGUCAACAGACUCCGGGUGAGAAGCCCCCCGCUGCAGACGUUCUGCAGGUCAAUACUACCCAUCCCUCUCUCAGCUGCUCUGGCCUUCUUCAACGUCCUCACCAUCAGAAACGAGGAGACGGAAACGGGGAUCCAAGUGUUCGACCGUAACGGAAACGCAGUCGGCGUUUCCAGAGCAGCAGGAGAAAAGGCUGUGUGGGAAACUGCGCAAUCGAGAGCCGUUCUGUUUGGGACGACCGCUGCUGUUCCUAACCUGCUCAGUUUGCUCCUACAGAGAACCAGAUUUUUCCAGAGGAACUCUCUGCUGGUGGCUCCAUGCCGCCACAUCAGCGUCGUGCUGACCCUCUGCCUGAUGGUCCCCGUCUCGUUCAGCCUCUUCUCACCAGUAGGAACGAUAAAACGGGAGAAGGUGGAGAAGGAGUUGCUACCCGGAGCGGUUGGCGAGGAGCUGAUCUACCAUAGAGGACUCUGAGGAGCUGCUGGGCGGCAUCACUUCACCCAGAAACAUCUCAGCCUAUGAAAUAUUUAAAUCAUCAAACCAAGUCAUGUUGAUAUUAACUUUAUUUAAUGUUAUAUCAGGUGUUGUUUUAUACCAAACAUAGUAUUAAAUCUUAAAAAUACAUUUGCUUUAAUGUUACAUGAUUAGUGACACAUAAACCUGCUCACUCAUUUGUAGGAAUGAGGCACAAAAAUAAUCGGAUGAGGCAAACAGCCAGGCUACACCAGCCAUGGUGAAGUCAAUGUGGGGAUUUAAGUGUGAAAAAAACCUGGCGAUUCAUCGAUCAGGCUUUUCCGAGGGUUUUAUUUUGUCAUUGUACUUUAAACACUA